AUGACCACCUCGGCCCUGCGGCGGCAGGUCAAGAACAUCGUGCACAACUACUCGGAGGCGGAGGUCAAGGUGCGCGAGGCCACCUCCAACGACCCCUGGGGUCCGUCCAGCUCGCUGAUGUCGGAGAUCGCCGAGCUGACGUUCAGCGUUGCCGCCUUCAGCGAGGUGAUGGCCAUGGUGUGGAAGCGUCUCAACGACCACGGCAAGAACUGGAGGCACGUCUACAAGGCACUGACCCUGCUCGACUACCUGGCCAAGACGGGUUCGGAGCGGGUGGCGCAGCAGUGCAAGGAGAACGCCUUCACCAUCCAGACCCUGCGCGACUUCCAGUACGUGGACCGCGACGGCCGUGACCAGGGUGUCAACGUCCGGGAGAAGGCCAAGCAGCUGGUGGCGCUGCUCAGGGACGAAGAGAGGCUCAGGCAGGAGCGGGCGCUGGCACUGAAGACCAAAGAGAGGUUGGCGGGCGGGGGCACGGGCGCAGGGACGGGGACGGGCCGCGUCCCCCCGGCGUACCCGAGCAGGAGGAGCAGCCAGCCCAGCAUGACGGCGCUGUACGGGGAAGGGUUCAGCCGCUCCCGAGGAUCUCUGUCAUCCUUUAACUCAUCCCCCAUAUCUCCAAGAGCUUCUGACCUCGAGCAGACUCGUCCCCAAACCAGCGGAGAGGAGGAGCUGCAGCUACAGCUGGCCCUCGCCAUGAGCCGAGAGAGAGCGAAGCCGGUCCGCUCCCAGUUCCAGGCCAUAAACGGCUCGUGGCAUAGUCAGGACUCGAACCCACAAGAUCCGGAUGAUCGGGACCAGCGCAGGGGUCAAGGAGACGAAAAUACCAGAAGAGAGAACAAAUCCAGACCUGGGAAGUCUGCUAUUGUUGACCUGGUGGACAUAUUCGGACCAUCUAAAGGAGCAUCUGGUGAGGACCUUUGGGAUUCCCAGCCCACCUGUCCUUCAUCCUCUGAUCCCUGGGAGUCCGUAGCUGCGGUUGACUCUGGCACCCCUGUGGUUGGUAGUCCAUGGAAACCCGGCAUCUCCUCCAGUAGCCCUGACCAACAGUGGGUUCCUAGCAGUUCUCCACCAGAUCCUUGGAAAGCCCCGUCCAGCAAACCGACCCCUAAGUCAGCAGAACAAACCUGGAGGAGUCCGUUUUUCAUCUCCGAGGAAGAAGAGCCGAGAGAAAAGCAGCCGAACAGUGUGUUCAGCCCUCGCGCUGAAAGUCCAGCAGAUAUAGGCCCGUUUUCUGACCUGAUGGUAGGGGAGCAGGUUAACGGUGGACCCGAGGACGGUCCGAUUAUCAUCGAGCACUCGGCUUACGGUCCUCCGCUGGCCCCGGCGACCCCCAGAAAGUGCUGCGCGUCCGAGGCCUUUCUCGGCCCGAACGCCGCCUCACUUGUUAACCUGGACACGCUCAUCCCGUCCAAACAGCAACCACAGCGACAUGCGCUCAUCCCCGCCAACCCACCCACCAAGAGCAAGAACCCUUUUCUUUCAGGUCUGAGCGCUCCCUCGCCCACCAACCCGUUCCACUGCGAGCAGCACAGGCUGACCCUGAACCAGAUGCGUCCCAGCUCCACGUCCCCCCUGCCGGCCCACUCUGUGCCCGGUGCUCUGCCCUACAGCGCCUCCCUGCCUCUGGCCUCAUCCCACGGCAUGCAGCGGCCCCUGGAUCCGCCACCGAACCUGCCCCGGCCCCUGCUUCCCCUGUCGUCGACGUCCCCGCUCCGGAAUACCCCGCAGCUCCGGAACCACAGCCACAACCCCUUCCUUUGAGGCGUAGAUCCGAGCUCUGAACUCUGCUUUGGACCGACCUCGCUCUCGGCUGGAGAUAGACACUGAAAUAUGUCCGCAUCCUAAAUAAUCGCUGAAUGUAGUCAAAUAAAACAUACGGCUUCAGGUUUUAAAGCUUCAGCUGUCGAUCAGCAUGACUCCCGAUGCCACCUAUCGACUGCUAAGUUGUUAUCUGAAGGGACACACAGCCGGCGGAGCCACAAUGGGAAGGACCACAAUCUCACCAAAAGCUUACCGGUCUUUUUUGUUGCUUUGCGUCUAUGGAAACUUCAGGGUCCAGCAUUGAUUGUAACCCUUGCCCGUCCCUCACAGAACCAUGUGCCUGGCUCACUGACUGUCCCACGGUGUAUCGGGGGCCACCUUGGUGGAGCCCCGACCUACAAAAGCUGCACAACCAAUGAACCGCUUACAAGGAAGUCGAUUGCCAGACUAAAAAUGCUAAACUACCUGCUGUUCUUCUGAUAAAUGAAGUAUUUAUUUAUUUAUAAACAUAAGCUUCUGCAUUUUAGGGCCAUCAAUGAAUGUAAAACUGUGUUUUUAUCACCAUGUUCUGCAAAUAUAU